AUGCUCCUUUCUGACGCCGGCAGCCCGGCGGCGGUGCGGCCCGUCGGUCUGGGGGAUUUCCUCGCCGACUGCGCGCGGGAGGUGGACGUCUUUCUCGAUGGCGUGCUCCCACCGGCGACCGGCCCUACGGCAACGCUCGCCGGCGCCAUGCGCCAUGCCGUCCUCGGCGGGGGAAAACGAAUCCGGCCGGCGCUCGCGAUGGCGUCGGCGAUCGCGGUGGGCGGGAGGAGCCACGACGCCCUCCCGGUGGCCGGCGCGCUCGAGAUGGUUCACACCUACUCGCUGAUCCACGACGAUCUGCCGUGCAUGGACGACGACGACCUGAGGCGCGGACAGCCGACGGUCCACGUCCGGUUCGGCGAGGCGAUCGCCGUACUCGCCGGAGACGCGCUGCACACCCUCGCCUUCGACACCAUCGCCGGCAGCGACGCGCCGCCGGAGAUGCGGCUCGAGUGUGUGAAGCGUCUGGCCGUCGCCGCCGGGCCCGACGGCAUGGUGGGCGGCCAGGUUCUCGACCUGGAGGCGGAAACCCGAACCCCCGACGCCCGGGGGCUGGAAGCGAUUCACCGGGGGAAGACCGGAGCGCUCAUCUCCGCAUCGGUUGCCCUGGGUGCGCUGGCCGGGGGAGGCACCAGCUGGCAGGCGGAUACCCUCGGGGGUUUCGGGCAGGAACUCGGACUCGUGUUUCAGAUCGUGGAUGACCUGCUGGACGAAGAGCAAACCAGCGCCCGGCUCGGCAAGUCGGCCGGCAAGGAUCGAGCGGCCGGGAAGGCCACCUAUCCGGCGAUCCAUGGGUUGGAAGCGGCCCGCGCGGAGGCGUCCCGCCACGCAGCGAUGGCCCGCAGUCUUCUGGAGGCGGCUGGCGCCGGACCGGGACCACCCGUAAAUUCCACCGGAGUCCAUCUCCUCCGGUUGUUGACGGACCGCAUCCUCCACCGAACGGCCUGA